GAUUCGCUGACAAACUGGUAAUCGAAGAUUAUCUCCGGACAUAUACCGGCUAUAAAUCACAGGAAAAAGGCGAGUAACGUCUAGAGUAUAAUUUGCCAAGCAAGUAGGAUAGAGAUAGAUGAUGGGCCGACUUUCUCUGUUAGUUUUGGUGUGCAUCACCUGGUUUGGCAGCUUAGUUGUAAAGCAAUCUUGGGCAACCCCUUUGGCCGUGGUAGCCCCUUUGACUGGCGUUGAACAAGAUACUCAUAUAGAUGAAGAAGACUUGGCAUUGGAGCGAGGUGAACGAGACGUUGGUUCGGGUUACGGAAAAGGCGAAAAGCCCAAGUCACUUAGGAAACCAGAGAUCGCUAAACUACAGAUAAGAGGUGCUGUUACUUCAAGAUUCGCUAGUACCACCGUAACCAGUAUACUGAGAAAUCGUGCCGAUGAAUCGGCGGAAGCUGUCUUUCUUAUUCGACUUCCAACAGAGGCGUUCAUUGCUAACUUCUCAAUGGAAAUUGAUGGCGUUGUGUAUCCUGCCGAGAUCAAGGAAAAGGAAAAAGCUCAGAAGAUCUACAAUGAAGCUAGGGACAGGGGUCAGAGUGCAGGACACGUUAAACAACAGUCGGAGAAGGUGAACAGUUUUUCGGUGUCGGUUAGCGUAGCCAAGAAAACAUUUGUUACUUUUGAACUGAUAUACCAAGAGAUGUUAACACGUAAAGACGGUUAUUUUGAGCAUCGAACCAGUAUUCGACCUGGUCAGAUUGUCAAGAGUAUGAAUGUAAAAGUGGCAAUUAUUGAAACUCAAGGUCUGAGCGAAGUGAACACAAGCUGGGUGAAGGAGCAAGCUAAUGGAAAGGAGGUCACAAAACACGGUGUUGGUGAGUUAAUACUCAAAGGAGGAGACACCAGAGCGUUUAUCGAAUAUGCGCCAACAGUUGAGGAACAGCGUCAGGAAUCGGAGGAUGGCAUUCAAGGAGAUUUCGUCAUUCGUUAUGACGUUAACCACCCAAAGAGCGGAGGUGAACUUCAAAUUGUGAAUGGAUACUUCGUGCAUUACUUCUCCCCAGAAGGCCUACCAGUAGUUCGGAAGAAUGUCGUUUUUGUCAUUGAUGUUAGUGGGUCAAUGUCAGGACGCAAAAUACAGCAAACCAAAGAUGCAAUGAACACUAUUCUGGAUGACUUGCGAGACAUAGAUUAUUUUAAUAUUGUCACAUUUACUGAUUACACACGGCAGUGGAAAAAUACACUUCAGCAAGCAACUCCUGAAAACAUCAGACGUGCUAAGAACUUUGUUUCAUCUCUAAGAGCCCUCGCCGGGACAAAUUUGCAUGAAGGUCUAAUAGAUGGUGUCAGGCUCUUAAAGAAACUUACGGAAAAUGCAAAUGACAGCAUACAUGGUGUUUCAAUGUUGAUAAUGCUGACUGAUGGACAACCGACAUCUGGAGUAACAGACCUGAAUGCAAUUGAAAGAGACGUAGAGCGAGAAAUAAACAAUAAAUAUUCGCUUUUCAACCUUGGCUUUGGUGAGAAUGUCGACUACAAAUUUCUUGAGAAGCUGGCUUUGAGAAAUCGUGGCCUGGCUCGGAAGAUUUACGACGAUUCAAAGGCAAGCUUGCAGUUAGAGGGAUUCUUUGAUGAAGUUGCAACCCCGCUUCUUUAUAAUGUUGUUUUCGAUUACCCUGAAAAAAUAGUAGAGACGAACAGCUUAACGCAGACUGUUUUCCCAAAUUAUUUCCAAGGUACUGAGCUUGUGGUAACCGGUAAACUAAAGGCGACUAACAUUACCAACGAAAUUCUUGAAAUGACAAUUGCUGCAAAUUCCGUCGAUGUUGCUAUAGAAUUUCCACUUACAGUCGAUACAGAGAAACCACCCGAAGCACUCCUUAAUAAACAUGCAAUUGAUGAUUUUGCUGAGCGUCUAUGGGCGUAUUUGUCGAUUAAAGACCUGUUACGGCGUCGCGGUAUCAGUAAUAGCGGCGCUGAAAAAGAAGAAUUGAAACAGCAGGCCCUUAAACUAUCUCUUGAGUAUCACUUCGUCACUCCACUGACGUCACUGAUUGUAGUUAAACCAGAAGAGGAUAAACCAGAAUACAUUGCAUCGAAUAAAGAGGAACAGAAAGAAGCGGACGACGUUCCGUCAGGAAUAUUGGGAGUAUCUAGAGUAUCUGGAGCAGCUAUUGGUCAGAGACAGGGAAGUUUCAUGAAUUCUAGAUUACCUCCACGACUACCAAGUGGGAAUAGGGGGAAAAUGUUUGCUUCUAAUUUGCAUAUAGGACCUAGUAGGUCUAUGGGAUCUGCUUCGUCCUAUGGUGGCCGUUUAAUGCAUACAUCACCUACAUUUGCCGACGGUGAUCCCCAUUUUAUGGUACAUGUACCUCAAUCUGAUAUGUACGUUUGCUUUAACAUCAUGGGACUCGCUGGCGAUAAUUACCGACUCAUCCAAGAUCCUGAACACGGUAUCACUGUUACCGGUAACAUUAUCGAGGAGCCAUUCAUCCGACCUGGCAAACUUCGAAAGCGUUCCUACUUUGGAGAUGUGACCUUUGUUAUUGGAAAUAAAACGAUAAUCGUUAGCCCAUUGCAGAUAACUUUCGAUGAGGUGCACACCUUUACAUGGGAUUAUAACUUAGCCGUUGGUUUUCAGGAUUUAUCGAUAAGCAUUGUGAACAAACGAUUUGUCCGUGUCAACAUCCAACCGAAUAUCACUUUAGUUGCAAUGCGACAUGCGGUGACCGGCAACAACAUCAUGAAGGUCGGGUACAUGGGAGUGUACAUUGAAAAUGGACAGGGAUUGUCAGAAAAUGUUCAUGGAUUAAUUGGACAAUUUCAAGACAGCAAUAUGUCGAUUGACAGCGAGAGCAUCCGGGUUAAUGACCAGUUCAACGUCAGUGCUACGCUAAAUAUAAAAUCUCGUGAAGUGCCCGUCACUAAGCGAUAUCACAUGGUACUCUCGAAGAAGCAGCCAUGUUGGUUCGCAGGCAACAACGGAGCUGGUUUAAUUGAUGGCAGCCAUGUUGACUACUUGGAGAAGACCAAUAUCGUAAACUCAUAAGAUAAAACACAUCGCUGAGGCGGUAGACAAUUUGUCAAGAAGUUACCAAUACCUAUUCAAAAUUAAGUUGUAGGGAUAAUGACAAUAGAUUUAAACUUUUCUAGAUAGCAACAAAAUAUGUUUUGGAACUUAUGAGCGAGAAAUUUUGCCCUCAGUAAAUUUUACUACACUGCAAUCCAUUAUGUUAUUUUUAGAUAAAUAACAUAACACUUUGAUAGAAAUUGGUUUAGCUUUCAGUGUACUGCACAUAUUGACACCAAACCAAAACAAUUAUAAACAAUUUUGUCCCAGUCAUAUACUCUAUUAUAAAAUAUAUAGCUCCAUAUUUGAACAUAAACUUGAUACCAAGAAAGAGCAUUAGACUUCGAAAUUACGUGUCAUCAAAAUAUAUUUCAUUCCUGGUUUUAGCAGACAGGCAUUAUAUAAUAUUCAGUAUAUGAUUAUACAUACAUACAUACAUAUAUAUACAUAUAUAUAUAUAUAGUUAUACGAGGAUUGAUUUUUUUUUGUGCGAAAUAAAAGUGAAAUGUAUUACAAUUCCCUGCAUUGUAACUCAACUUAUAUUAGCUGAACUAAAGUGUAACUAGCUCCUUCGGUUAUGUGAUAUGCUUUAAUGUUUUCUUCUUUUUUGACAAUUUUUCAUGUGUUAUAUAUUAAAGUAAUCUAAACAACAUUCAGAUUUAUGCAACUAAGUUUUUAUAUUGAAUAAAAUAAAAAUAUAUAAUACAA